AUGAGAGAGUGUUUCCUAUUAUUGCUUGCGAUCAGUGGUGGUGUUGCUCUACAUGUGGAUUUGCCACAUCCAUAUGAGGACUACUGUAUUCUCCAGAACAAAACUAACCGUUACAAUGCAGCUAACCAAUUCCAAUUUCCUUGGUUCAAUCUUGACUUGGAUGCACCCCCCAGCGAACGAUGGGUUGAGAUUUCUAAGCAUUAUGAGAAACAAAUUGGUGAACUCAUUGGAGUUCUUAUCAAUCUAAUCACUCCAAUUUUCCCUGAUGCUCUCGAUAUUGUUGAUUUGCUAGGAGCCGAUCUUAUUCAUGGAAUUCCUCAGCCUUACCGUGAUGAGAUUAAAUCGAUUGCUACCACAACUAAAGUUCCAUUGGGACAAAUUGUAGUGUACAACAUCUUCUACGAAAUUUUCACUGCGUGUACGUCAAUCGUUGCUCAAGAUGAGCGUGGAAACCUCUAUCAUGCCCGAAACCUUGAUUUUGGUUUGUUCAUGGGAUGGGACCCAAUAAUCCAUGAAUGGCCUAUCACUCAGAAAUUGAGAAACAUGAUCAUUAACGUCAAUUGGAUCAAGAACGGACAAAUCCUUUUCAAAACCAACAACUUUGCGGGAUAUGUUGGUGUAUACAACGGUCUGAAACCCAAAAAGUUCACCAUCACUGCUAACGACAGAUUCCUUAAGGAAGGAGGAUAUGUUGGACUCUACCGAUUCUUUACUGGCCACUAUGGUGAGGGUAAGUUCAUGUCCUGGCUGAGCAGAGAAGCUCUCGAAAACUGCAAUAGUUAUGCUGAAGCUAAAGAAUUCCUCCAGACUACUGCCCUACUUGCUCCAGUUUACUACAUUCUAGGGGGUGCCAAGCCUUAUGAAGGUGCUAUCAUAGCUCGUAGUUUGAAUGGCACAGACCUCAUUACCAGUAUGGAUAAGACAAAUUCCGUAUCAGGAUGGUAUUUACUUGAAACCAACUACGAUCGUAACCAAAUUCCUCUCUACUUGGAUGACCGCCGAACUCCUGGAGAUCAUUGUAUGCAAGUAAUGACACAGAAAAAUGCUGGAUUCCAGGGUAUUUACAACGUUCUCUCUUCCCGUUCUAACCUGAACAAACUCACCGCCUAUACUGUGUUGAUGGAAGUUAACACAGGAAAGUUUGAGACACAUCCUCAAACCUGCCCAGGUGAUUGCUGGCCCUGGUAA